AUGAAUUAUCUGAUAAAGAAUCUACGCCAGCUGAUUGACACGGAUGAUCCCGCACAUCCGGGCAAGAAGCGCCUCAAGCUCCAAGGCAAGAACCUCACCAAGGUGCCCAUCGAACUGUCCCAUUUGACAGAUCUAGAGGUCCUCGUAAUGAGUCCUGAACGUGAGGCCUGUCUCUUUUACCGACUCUCGGAAAUACCGAUUUGGAUAGGUGGGUCUGCAUCGCAUGAUCAUUUGACUCUCAAGUUUCUCUGUAUUUUCAGCCUAUCAAUGCGUCAGAAAUGCCUUUAA